CAAUCUUCUUUUUUCUUCUUACGAUUCACUAGCCCUACUAAAUAUGAGAAUUAACAUUACAUCGUUCUAACCCAACUAUCUGUAUCUUUUUGUUUCAAAGUUAACGCUAUAAGCAAUGGCAAACGAUAGAGAGAUUCUCCGCGAAAUUUGGGAAGGAAAAUUGCCAAUUUGCUUCCGUUUAGAUGGCGAAGAGGUUGCCGAUGUUCGAGAACCAGAUCCAUUUUAUUUAAUGGUUCCACGACUUAGUUAUUUUCCGUUGGUUUCUGAUAAAGUGAAAAGGCAUUUUAUUAAAUACGUCGACAAUGAAAAAUCAGAACAAGAAAUGUGGUUGGAAUAUAAUGGUCAACCGUUGAAAUGGCACUACCCGAUAGGGGUGUUGUAUGAUCUUUUAUUCGAUAAAGAUGAACUCUUGCCGUGGAAUAUUAUUGUUCAUUUUGAUAAAUUUCCAGAGUCGGAAAUAUUUCGGUUUAGCAAUAAGGAUAUGGUGGAAUCUUAUUUUAUGUCUUGUUUAAAAGAAGCCGAUGUUUUGAAACACAGAGGACAAAUAGCAGGAAGUAUGCAAAAGAAGGAUCACAAUCAAUUAUGGCUUGGAUUACAAAAUGAUAAAUUUGAUCAGUUUUGGGCUGUAAAUAGAAAACUAAUGGAAGCAACAAACGAUUAUGAACAUUUUAAGUAUAUUCCAUACAGGUGUUAUUUCGAAAAUGGAUAUAAACAGAAAUUAACACAACCAGUGACUGAAAAUGGUACCAAAAAAACUCUACAGGAUCUAAUACAUGAAAUUUUUCCAGAAAAUACUAACGUAAUGAUAAAAACUCACGGAUUAAUUCCUCCCUUAGAUACACCGUUGCAAUGGCUUUCAGAACACCUAAGUUACCCAGAUAAUUUUCUACAUUUGUGUGUUGUUAAUUGAAUUUUAAUCUAUUUUAUAAGCGAUACAUGUGAUUUUUUUUUCUAUGGCCAUAGAAAAAUAUGUAUAACCAUUUAGUUGUGGUAUUCUAAAAAACACUCGUACAUUUAUAUAUAAGCAUAAUAUACUCAUUAUUAGUACUUUACCAAGUUAUUAGUGUUAUUAUUAGCGUUUUUCAAUGUACAUUAUUGAUGGUAUAUCAAAAAUAGGGCACAACCAAAUAAUAUGUGAACUUAUAGCAUUUAUACUUUUAUGAAAUAAUUUAUUUGUGUCCGCACUAAAAGUUUACUCAUUUUUUUAACAAAAAUAUAUUCAAGUAUCAAGGAAUUGGUCAUGAAAUUUUUAUUAAAAGCUUACAUUUUGGUGAUAACUAUAUUUAAAUUAGUCUUGACCCAAUUGACUGAAUUGCUACACCUUGCCUCAAGUGGCAGGGACUAUUUCAUCUUGCCUUAAUCGAUUGAUAAAUAUUUAUGAAGUUACUUUUGAAACUUCUCCAUUGACGACUCAGUCAGACUUAAUUAGCUUCCUUCAAAUCACUGUGCUAAGUUUAAGAAGAACUGGCCAAAACCCCUCCUCUUAUGGUACCCUUAGACUCCUCAGGAGUGGUUUUGGGGCUUCGGGCCCAUUUAGACUUUUAAUCAGCUUCCAUAAAUACUGAGAGGGGUCUUAUGUGGGGAAAAAAGUGUUUUUGUUUAAGAGCUUUUAACAAUUUCACAUGCUUUAUUAUUCUGGUUGACUUAAUUCAACAUUAUGUAUGAUGUUAACUAAAUCUUUACAAUAUCUGUUAGUUUUGAUUGAUUUUGAUGUAAUAAAAUGGUAUGAUAGCA